GAAUUUCAACAAAAUGGUUUUUUAAACAAAAAAUGAGCAUGAUGUUUUUAAAAUGGUUAUAUGCUAGAUGUACUUUAAUUAGUCCAGUAAAUUAACAACACAUUAAUAAGUUAUCUGAAGGAAUUAAGUCCUGCUACCCGUGAUAUUCGAAAGCUUUAUUAGUUUAUUAUUAUUUUUAUUACUCUUGUUGUGUCGUGUUAAUAUUGUCUUUUCAACUCUUGUGUGUGGGUUGGUGGGUGGUGGUGGGUAGAUUAUCACAAUUAUCUCAAUUUAAUAAUUUAAUCCCAACAUUAAACUGUAUAUAAUCCCCCCCACACACACAUUUCAGCUCUGUGUGGGAGUCUUGACCGCUGUUUUUCCAGUCUCAACAGUGUCUCCUGUCCUUUCUCUGCUCUCACUAACACCUCCUCAGACACUGUGGCGCACUCAGAGACGGAAGAAGGGGAAUAAUAAUAAUUCCGGUGACACCAAAUCAUUAUACUGUCGUCAGUGCAAUAAUUGCUUACAAUUGAAUUUUAGAAAUAAAACAAGACAAUUUUUCUCUCUUUUUUGGGGGCAUUCACGUGGACUUGUUUUCAUAACUCAACGGAGUUCAUCUUUAAAUUCGGCAUACCUUACACACACAAACGAUUAUGCGUUCUAAUAUAAUGUAAACUUUAUUUGCUCUUUCACUCAUGUAUACCAUGUUUCUGCAUCGCGAUAAGCGACUGAUGGCGGUAGUUAAACAUAUUAAUCUGUCUGUAACAGACACCGAAACUUUCUUAAGAUCAUAACACACCUUAACUGUGUAAACCGUACUUAUAUAUGAAGCAUGUGUGUACCGAUACUAUGAUUAUUAUUAAUGACCAGAUUCUUUUAACGGAGUUUGGUGGCAGCGUCUGCCGGGUACCGGAAGUGGCUCCGGCUAACUGUGAGCUAGCUUUACCCGGGAUCCUUUGAAUUUGCAAGCGUCAGUGUACGCAAAAGGGUUGGGCACGCAGUACAGUGAAAAGGAGGCAUUUCGGAGUAGAAGUAUGAGUGUUUUAUAUUUGUUUUAUUUGAUAAAGAUUCCGGAAGUUUGAGGAAGUGCCUGGUUCAGAUUUCCGUUUACACCCUAGCAGCGCUGCUAAGUUGAACUUUAACAUCAGUGAGAAAACUUUUGCGACAUUUGUGACAUGGAGUACUGCGGUCAAUUGGGCCACUCUCUGUCACCAGAGUCCACGGUGACCUCCCUACUAUCCAGUUCAGGUUACCUGAGGAGCAGCCUGCUGCCUCCUCAACACGACACCAGCUUCAGAUACAAAGACAGAGAGUAUGACUCGGCUUCGGCGGCUCUGGACGCUUACAUCAAAGACUUUGAGAGGAGUCGUCAGAACCGUGACUCGUCGUUAACUGGAAAGCUGGUUCUGCCACAGAACCUACCCUCCACUCCGUGCAGGCACAGAGUGGGCACGCUCAGAAACAAAGAUGUUCUUAGGGAGCGUUUGACCGAGAGAGAGCUAGACUUCCUGAACCUCCCCGUGAGCCCCCUCCGUCACCGCGUUAACUGGGACAGACACUCCAUGACAACAGAUGAACUGCUGUCCGUCCCUUUCGACGGCUCGAUGCCCAUCACCCACACCACUGCCUUCAUCCAAGACCUCCUGUCCUGGCCUGCAGCCUCCCAGCCCUGCCCCUCAUCUACCUGUAGACUCCUCCACCAUCACUCUCUUCCACCGACGACGUCCAGGAGCUCCAGGUGCAGAGACAGGCCGAGGGCCACCACUUUUAAACCAGGUGCUCACAUCAGCAGUUUUAAGAGAUCAGAGCAGGCCCCGGUAUCCUCGUCGCUCCACCUCCCUCACUGGUUCACCAGUAACAAGGCUGACUUGGACUGUUCGGGAAUCACCAGUGUGCCCGACCUGAAGUACCCAGCAUGGCUCCAGGGGUGUGACCUCAGCGAGCCGCCUGCACAGUCAGAUCUGUGGGACGACCACGACGUUCUUCCACCUGGAGCUUCCAGAACCAGAGCUCCAUCCUGGGUAGCAGACCUGGAGAAAGAUGAAGAUCCUGACCAGACACCUGCAGAGGUUGGCAGCCAGCAGGCGCUCAGAGACCUGAGGCUUCAGUUUGCUGAACAGAUUUCUUUGCUCACUACAGAGAGGAAGAGCUCAGACGUUGUGAUGAACAUGUACCAAGACAACAGGAUCGAGUCUCUGAUCCAGAAGGCGGACCAGGUGUUAAACUCUCUGUCUCGGAGUCCUGGACAAGCAGAGAGUCCUGCAGAUCCAGUGAGUCCUGUGAAAACUGAGGAGCUGCUGCACCAUUCUCCCUCACACUGUCCUCUAGACUCAGCAACAGGAGGCUGCACAGAGGAGCUGACUGACAGGGGAGCAGAGGAUUUGAGUCAUGAAAACAGCAUCUGGAAGCAGCCUGGUCCGGUGGAGGCUCUGAAACAGAUGCUGUUCAGACUGCAGGCUGUGGAGGCGGAGCUUCAGCGACAACAGCAGCCUCCAGCAGCUCUGACUCUCUCAGAGUGGCUGCUGACAUCAGCAACACAGUGGUCUGUUGGUAACGCAGAGCUGCAGGAGCUGCAAGAGCUUCAGAGUUUUCCUGGUAGACCAUCACUAGAGAGAGCUCUGCAUCAUCUGAACCGCCUGAAGAUGCUGGUGGAAGAACCCAGACAGAAACACAGAGCGACAGAGGAAGAGAAGGACGACGACGAGGGGCGCUACUCGUCCUCAUCUGUCGACAGACUGGUCUGUUCUCAGCAGGAACCCUCCAGAAACUGAACAUUCAAAGGAAGCUCGCUGUGCCAAAAGCCUCAAUAGUAUCUGCACUGUGUUUGUGUAUUUUUUUUUUAUAAGAAAGUGCAAUUUUUUUAAACACUAAUACAACUCAGUUUAAACUAUACCCUAAACCUUUAGAGUCAGGAAGUUUCCUGGACUGUUCUCUUUCUCAGACUCUGAGGAAGAGUCAGAACACAGCGAUAAUUUAAAAGAAGAGAAGAAAACGUGAAGGACAGACUCCGAGACGAGAAAAACAUGCCACAUCUUUUAUAUUUUGAAUGUGUCUCAGGGGUUUGUGAAUGCAACAGUAUGGAUGGAUGGGCUUGAUGCUUGUUGGUGCACAGACCGUUUUGUAUUGAUGGGUUUCAUUCUGUUUGUAGACAGACUGUUGGUGCCAUAAAGAUUUACACACACUCAUUCCUGUUGAAAAUGAAGAGGUUACCGGGCAGUGUUCAGCCAGAGGGAAGAAAGAUCAUCAGUGCUGUUGUCAGUGAUAGCUUUUCAGUUCCUUGCAGGUAAAACUACAAUAAAUUGCCUUUGCUGUAGAAAAGAUGUACACGUGGAAGCACAACAUGUACUACUGUGACAAUCCAGUCCGAUUUUCUGAAUUUCUGAAGACUCAAGACUCGUGGAUUGAAAAGUGAAGUAUUGAGCCAUGGGUUGGGGGGACCAGGGUGUUCAGAUGUCUAUCUUUAUCUGGGACUGCACAGCAUUUUUUAUCAGGGAACGUUAAAAGUCACCAAAAUUAACAACCUUUGCUGAUUUUGUCGAAUAUCAUAGAAACUAACAAAAAAAGAAGCAGAAAGAUUUGAAGAAAUGUUUUUUGUCUCUUUUGCUUGAGUUGGUUUUUUUUGGGGGGGGGUUUGCAGAGGGGGGGAAAAGUUUGACGCGGUACAUGUGUGUCAUAACUGAAUAAAAAUUACAAUUGUCAGAUAUGGCUUUUUAAAAAAAAAAAGGAUGCCAAUUUGUAGCUCCACCCAAAUGGAAACCCAAAAACUGUUAGCAGACAGAAGAAGAGCUGGGGAAAAAAGCAUAAAUGAAGACUGUCACAUGAGACCAUGAGACUUACUCUCUCUAUAUAUAUAUAUACAUGCUAAAUUAUACUCUGAUAACAUUCAAUUGAUUGUAUUUGUAAGUCAGAUAAAGACCAUUUCACUCAAAGUUGUUCAGAGGAGUUGCCCCCUGCUGGGUCAUUAGAAAGAAUGCAGGUUCAUAGUACUGCAUCAGUUUCACUUUUCAAACAUCAAAGACAUGAAACCAGAUGGUGUUUCCUCCAUCCUCAGGAUGACAGGACUCAUACUGGCACAGAGGAACUUUAACCCUCUGAUACAGGAAGUAUUUUUAUUCACCUCGGGGUGAAGAAGACACUUGAUGUUAAAUGUUUAAUGUGUGCUUCUAGCUGCUUGGCUUGGCUUUGCACAGCUCUCAUUAAACAUG